UUGAAGAAGAUGAAGAGCAAAGGAACCAUGGAAGCUACUCAUCCUCCUCCACAGUUACCAUCUCUCUCCGACCUUGAAGCUCGGAUGCAAGUCCUGCGUGUAUCUGCUUUUGAAGAAAGCAAAGGCGAUGAUGAUACAUUUGCUCAUCGUGCUGAAUGGUUUUACCAGAGGAGACCUCUCCUUCUCUCGCUUUGUCUGGACCUGUACAACGGCUACGUCACUCUCUUGGGCCGUUCUCAUCAAACCAAAACUAAGACACCUUCUCAUCCUAAUCAGCUUCUCGAGGAUGAAGACUGCGUUUCAGACAUUGAUUCCGGUAGUGAGAUCAGCUCGGAGAGCACCGUAUCCUUUCAGCAGAUGCAAGAUCCUUCUGCGGUCUCGGAGAAAGUCGAUGAGCUUGUAUCUCAACUCGUGACUGCAAACUUGGACAAAGAGAUUCUGCAGCACGAGUUACUCCACAAGGAGCAGCAGUUUCAUGAAGCGUCCAAGACCAUAGAGCUGUUGAAGAAGUUCGUCAUGUUGCUGGAGAUGGAGAAGGAAGUGGCUAUAGAGGAAAACGCUAAUCUUGGAUACAAAGUCACUUCUCUCCUGGAGGAGAACAGAGAGCUAGCCACCGAGGCGUUGUUCAUGAAGAACGAAGCUGUUGGGCUCGCUAGGUGUGUGCUUAAGAUGAGAGAUGACCACUUCCACAAGGUCUGCAUUCUCCAGAACCGCAUCUACUCGCUUCAAGAAUCCAGGAACUCAGAGCCCGUCUAUGAUAAGGUCUCAGCCGGGUGCUUCGGUCUUGAUAAGCAGAAGGCCAAGAAGAAGAAGGAGAAGAAAGGCGAAGAGAAAGCUGGAUUCAAGUGGUUCAAGAAGCUCAACAACAUCAACCUGUUCACAAAGUGCAGCCUUAACCCAUCAGCUGCUGCCGCUGCUCCAUCAUGCUGCACUCUCAACUUCCCGAAUUAG